GGGGGGAGGCGGGCUGAGUGAGUGACCGCGGCCAGAACGCGGGUCUCGUAUACCCUGUCUUUGCGCCGGCAGUGUAGGGGGUGUCAGGCCCAGGCCUGUCCCGCCGUCAUCAUCAGUCAUGGCCUCGGCGGUGGAGCGCACUGACGAGCUGGUCCGCGAGUACCUCCUGUACCGGGAGUUCACCAGCACGCUGAAGGCGCUGGACGCGGAGAUGAAGGCGGACAAGGAGAAGGGAUGCCGAGUAGAUAAAAUUGUUGAGCAUUUGCAGCAUUUGGUUCAGGCAUUCGAUCUCAAUGGAUUGCGGGAAUAUUGGAGCUACCUUGAUCGUCGCCUAUUUCGAAGGCUGGAGGAUACGUAUCGACACACUGUUAACAAGCUGAAAACCAGCCUGUACCGUUACUAUCUGGUACAUACUGUUCAGUCCAAUAGGAUUGAAAAAACUCAGGAAUUCUUCCAGAAACUUGCCUUGGAAUUGCAGAACCAGCCAGAAUGGAAGGAAUGGUUUGUUCUUCCCUACAUUCCAAAUCCAGACCAGAACCAGGUGUUUGCCACCUAUUUCUCUAAGCAGUGGGCAGAGACAUUCCUGGUAUCACUGCACAACUUUCUGAGUGUGCUUUUUCAGUGCAUGCCUGUUCCUGUGUUGCUGAGCUUUGAUGAAGAGGUCCAGAGACGCUGCCAGUUGCAGGAAGAAAAUGAAGCUUUGUGGCAGAAGUUGUUUGCUAUGCAAGCAGAACCAAGGACGAAGAAAGAGGAAGAGAUGAUUCACCAUAAGUUACCCUACUAUGUACAGAACAUGGACCGGUUGGGAGAUUCUGAACUAGAUUUGAUGUCAAGUCAAAGGACCUCCUCUCCAAUGCCCUCUCAGACUAAAGCUGGCUCAUUUUUGUCAAUGUUACUCCCACAAAGCAAGAAACUCCCUGUGAAAGGUUCAAUGCACUCCACACCUCUUCAACAGUCUCAGACUCCUGCUUCCUCUGGAAAAAAAGAUAGUAUUAAUAACCAGGCUGCCAAGGGUAAAGAUGGCACGGCUGUCAGAGAUGGGAAAAUAUCAUCAAGCACAACAGCAGACCUCAGCACUGGCCAGCAGCGUCAAAAAAAGGUGCAGGAUCUUGAGAGAGACGCGGGUAUGGUGCAGCAACGACAGAGAAAGGUACUGGACUACGGGAAAGAACGAAAGGAACUCUUGUCCAAACAGACUGCCCAGGGUGUGGAGAAAAAAACUGAGGGCAGUAGUGCUGAGAUUGACAUUCCCAGCAGCCCUGAAAUGCCAAUAGAUCAACUGGAUUCCCCAUCAAAACUGGAGAAGUGCAGGCUGGAUGGAGGGAGCGAGCAGCCUUUCAUUGUAUUGAGCCAGGAGGAAUACGCAGAGCAUCAUUCUUCAAUCAUGCACUGCAGGGUGGAUUGCUCUGGGAGGAGAGUGGCCAGUCUGGAUGUGGAUGGUGUGGUUAAAGUGUGGACAUUCAAUCCUACCAUGCAGACGAAAGCCACCAUAAUGUCCAAGUCGCAGCUAAUUUCCCUGGAGUGGGCCACAAAACCAGACCGAUUGCUGUUGCUUGGCAGCGGAGUUGGGACAGUCCGUCUUUACGAUACUGAUGCUAAGAAGAGUCUGUAUGAGCUAACAAUUGAUGAAUCCUACCCCCGUAUCUUGUCUCUAGCUUGCAGUCCAGAUGGCACCUCAUUUGUUUGUUCCUCUGCUGCUCCAAGCAUCAAACUAGCAACUGUACCUGAUAUUGGAGAGAAGGGCGUGAACCUAGUUCCAGGCAAUCUUCUGCUGUGGGACACAAAGACCAUGAAGCAACAGCACCAGUUUUCCUUAGAUCCUGAGCCAAUUGCUAUUAACUGUACAGCUUUCAGUCAUAACGGAAAUCUGCUGGUGUCUGGAGCUGCUGAUGGCAUCAUCCGACUCUUUGACAUGCAGCGGUACGACUGUGCUAUGAGCUGGCAAGCACAUUCUGGUGAGGUUUAUUCCGUGGAAUUCAGCUAUGAUGAAAACUCUGUUUACAGCAUUGGUGAAGAUGGGAAGUUCAUUCAGUGGAAUAUUCAUAAGAGCGGAGUGAAGGUUUCUGAGUGUGCGGUGCAGUCGGAUGCAAUCGGUCCAUUUGUGCUGUCUGGAUACAGUGGGUACAAGCAAGUACAGGUGCCACAUGGAAGACUGUUUGCCUUUGACUCUGAGGGACACUGUGUGCUCACUUGCUCAUCCACGGGUGGAAUCAUUCACAAGCUGACCAACACAGAACGAGCCAUGGAGCCCUGCCUAUCGCUGGGAGGUCAUCGAGCUCCUGUAGUCACUGUUGACUGGUGUACUGCAAUGGAUUGUGGAACAUGCCUGACAGCAUCAAUGGACGGAAGAAUAAAGUUGACUACGCUACUGGCACACAAACCGUAAAACUAUGGCCCAUCAGAACUGAAACGCUGGCAUGGGUCACCAUGAGUGUUUGAUUCAAAACCUGUGGAUGUUACAAUUCUGACCUUCCAUCUGUAUUUAUAUUUGAAGGUUCCACUAACCAAAUAGUUCCAAGUGUGUUGUUGAACUCUCUCUAAUUAUAUUGAUUGUGCUGUGUUUUAACAACUGAUUUUUAUGAAAAGUCGUUCCUGCUAUUGCUUCAUGUCUCACGAUCAAUAUAUUGUCCUUAAACUCACUUUAAAAAUAAUAGUAGAAACCGGUAUCCUAACAAUAAAGAGCAUUUUGCCUUGUUUGAGCAAUGUAAAAUGCCAAAUGCCUAAACAGUA